AUGCGGAGCGGAAGAUGGCCAUGGACGGUGCCAAGCCGGAUCAACUCUCCCUGGUUUAUUCAGGAAGACAGCGCCGCGCACACCAAGACCAUCACCACCAGGACGAGUGUCACCAUUGCCGUCCACGCCAUCGCUCGACGGGGGGAAGAUCCAACAACACUGCAGCAGUCGCCUUACGACUUGAGCCUCUUGGUCGAGGUCCCGGGGGAGGGGUUUGCCGGGCUCUACUUGACUGGACGCGGGGGGGCCGGGGGAAGCAAAGGAUUGGCUGGCGCGGUGGGAGGAGUGGGCGCCAGGGCUGCGGCAGCUUGGGUGAAUGGCGGCGUUGGUGUGGAGGUGGCUGCUGGUGGUGGUGGUGGUGGCGGCCGCCGCCGCGCGGCUGAUUGCAGCGGGGAUUCCGAUCUAAAAACUGUUGAAGACAGAAAGAGUUAUUUUGUUUGUGAUGUGGAAGAGAAGAGAGAAAAGGGGAGCGCAGAGACGCACGACGAGAAGACGGAUAAUCACAGAGCAGAGGCGACCCAGGAGGUGCUGUUGCUUCGGGAGUGAAGUCUGGUUGUAUGUUCGCUGGGGGAGCAAAAAACGAAGCCGAUACCAGAUACCAUACGGAAGGACAUUGCAGUGUGC